AUGGCAGACCGAGUACGCAGCGCAACCAUCAACCGCGACACCAAUGAAACAAAAAUCCAAUUGAGCCUGAACCUCGACGGUGGAGUGCUAGAGGACGCCUCCGAGAGCUCUGCGAACGGUGAGGCAAAGAGCCAUGCGGCACAAACCUCGAAAUCUCAGACCAUCGACGUGGACUCUGGAAUCGGGUUCCUGGACCAUAUGAUCCACGCGCUGGCGAAGCACGCCGGCUGGUCGUUGCGCAUAAGGUGUCGCGGCGACCUGCACAUCGACGACCACCACACCGCAGAAGACACCUUCAUCGCCCUCGGCACCGCCUUCAAGUCCGCACUAGGCAGCAUAACUGGCCUCGCGCGCUUCGGCUCCGCCUACUGCCCGCUGGACGAAGCCCUCUCGCGCGCCGUCGUCGACCUCUCAAACCGUCCCUUCAGCGUCAUAAAUCUGGGUCUGCGCCGUGAGAAGAUUGGAGAUCUCAGCACAGAGAUGCUGCCGCAUUGUCUGCAGAGCUUUGCGCAGGGCGCCGCGAUUACGAUGCAUGUGGAUUGCGUGAGGGGCGAGAAUGAUCAUCAUAGGGCGGAGAGCGCGUUUAAGGCGCUUGCGGUUGCGCUGAGGCAGGCUACCACGAGGGUGGUGGGGAGAGAGGGGGAGGUGCCGAGUACGAAAGGGGUGUUGUAUUAG